CUCCUCCUUCUCUUUCUUCGGCAGCUGCGGAGCUCACGGCAGCGGCGGCGGAGCUGCGGGAGCGCCAUGGCUGCCAACUGCGAGCGCACCUUCAUCGCCAUCAAGCCCGACGGCGUGCAGCGGGGGCUGGUGGGGGAGAUCAUCAAACGCUUCGAGCAGAAGGGCUUCCGCCUGGUGGCCAUGAAGUUCGUGCACGCCUCUGAAGACCUCCUGAAGCAGCAUUACAUCGACCUGAAGGAUCGGCCCUUCUACCCCGGCCUGGUGAAGUACAUGAACUCCGGCCCCGUUGUGGCCAUGGUGUGGGAAGGGCUCAACGUGGUGAAAACAGGCAGGGUGAUGCUGGGGGAAACCAACCCUGCAGACUCAAAGCCCGGCACCAUCCGCGGGGAUUUCUGCAUCCAAGUGGGAAGAAACAUCAUCCAUGGCAGCGACUCUGUAGAAAGCGCCCAGAAGGAGAUCAGCCUUUGGUUCAAACCAGCAGAGCUCAUCGACUACAGAUCGUGUGCACAUGACUGGGUCUAUGAGUGAUGCUGGCUUCCACGAUGAAUUGUGCCUUCUGAACGUGUCAUCUCACUCCAGCUAAUGAUCUGGGAGCAAUUAGCACAGCGGUUAUCUUGACAGUUUUUCAGAACAGUCAAAUAAACGGAUGAUAUAAACUAA